AUGCCUCCUGGCCUCCUCCUCCCUCGCGGCGGCCUCCUCCUCAUCCUCCCCCAUCUCCGCCGCCACUUGCCUUCGCUUUGUCCUACUCCCCGAAGCAGCCCCUCGCAUAAGCGCCCAGGUGCCUUCUUCGCCCCCGUCUGCGCCGUCUCCGGCUACUCCGGCAUGGCGGCGGGUUCGCCGGAGCAGCAGCAGCGGAGCGUUGUAAUCAGGGAUACCGUGGAGCUCACGGAGACGGAGGAGCGCAUCUUCAACCGCCUUCUCGAGGUUGUUCGCCACUUCGGCCUCGGCACGCAGCUCCGCGUUGCCGGUGGAUGGGUCCGGGACAAGCUAUUAGGGAAAGACUCUGCUGACAUUGACAUUGCCCUUGACAAUAUGACGGGCCAGAAUUUCUGUGAGAAAGUAAAUGAAUACUCAAAGUUGAUAGGGGAGCAGCAGAAAGGAAUCGGUGUUAUCCAGUGUAACCCUGAUCAAUCCAAGCACUUGGAAACUGCUAGGAUGCUUAUUCUCGACAUCUGGAUUGAUUUUGUUAACUUGAGGUCUGAACAAUAUGCUGAAAACAGUCGUAUCCCUACAAUGGAGAUUGGUACUGCCAAGGAAGAUGCAUACCGCAGGGACUUGACAAUUAAUAGUUUGUUCUUUAAUAUCAACAAUAACUCAGUGGAAGAUUUAACUGGAAGAGGUAUUGAGGAUCUCAAAAAGGGCCUUAUUGUUACUCCUUUGCCUGCCAAAGCUACCUUCCUUGAUGACCCACUUAGAGUUCUUCGAGCAAUAAGAUUUGCUGCUAGAUUCAACUUUACAUUAGAUAAAGAUUUGAAGGAAGCUGCAUCUGAUGAAAAGGUGAAGUCAGAGCUUGGUAGCAAGAUUAGUAGAGAACGUAUUGGUCACGAGAUUGAUCUCAUGAUGUCAGACAAACACCCUGUUAGAGCAAUGUGUGACAUUCGUGAUUUGGGGCUAUUUUAUGUUGUAUUUUCUUUUCCUGAAAAAUCCAACCCUCCAAUUUUUGACAAGUGUGAUUGGCAAUGUGUUUCACAUAUUGAAGCAGCUUGGGAUCUUACAUGUUCUAUUGGCAGCUCUGUGUUCAGCAGUGGUUCUGACCCCAAGUCACAGGAUGAACGACGAAGGCUUUGCUUGUAUAGUUCAUUAUUCAAUCCCCUCCGAAAUAUGUUCUACUUGGACAAAAGAUCUAAGAAGGUUCCUGUUUCUAGCUUUAUUAUCAAGGACUCACUAAAGUUGAAAAACAGCGAUGCUGAAAUGGUUGUCAACAUACAUGCUGCUAGCGAAAAAUUUGCUGAACUAAUUCCUCUCCUUGAGUCAAAUCCUGAUGUGUGUACUCUGAAAGAGAAAUUGGAAGAUGAAUAUCUUGAGAUACCAGAAGACAGUGUUAAGCGUGUUUUUGCAGGACUUAUACUCCGAGAAAUAAAGGACUUUUGGCGGGUGGCGCUACUUUUAUCCAUUCUGUCCUACCCAGAAGCCGAAAAUGCUGCUGACAUCCUCAACAAGCAGGAUGAGCUGCAAGGGAGGAAAGAGAAAUACAUCAGAGUCGAGCAUUUCAUAACUGACCUAGAUCUUGAUGGGGUGUGGAAGUUGAAGCCGGUACUCGACGGGAAAUCUAUUAUGGGAGUUAUGCAGGUCAAGUCAGGAGGUCCACUGAUAGGAAAAUGGCAACAACUUGUACUGAAGUGGCAGCUUGCGCAUCCAAACGGAACCGUGGAUGAGUGCAUCGAGUGGAUGAAGCAGUCACAAUCGAAACGACAAAAAGUAGAAUCCAGCACCUGA